UAAACGCACACUAUACUCAAGGGAUUUCAAUCUUCCUGUAAUUUCUCACUUUUCAUUUUCAUCGGUUUCGAUUCAAGGUUUUUGAUGGCGAAUGAAUCCUCUAGAAUCGACAGCGGCAACGGAACGACGGCCUCUCAGGCGGACUCGUACAUUGGAAGUUUUAUUAGCCUGAUUUCGAAGUUUGAGAUCCGAUACGAGGGUGUUCUCUACCACCUCAACCCUCAAGACUCCACCCUCGGCCUAAAAAACGUGAGGUCUUAUGGAACUGAGGGAAGAAAGAAAGAUGGUCCUCAAGUUCCUCCGAGUGACAAAAUCUAUGAAUACAUUUUGUUUCGUGGAAGCGAUAUUAAGGAUUUGCAAGUGAAGGCCUCUCAACCAGCUGAAGUACAGGAGCCAUUACACAGUGACCCAGCAAUUAUUCAGUCAAAAUAUGCUGUUGGAGCUUCAAACUUGUCGAGACCAGUAUCAUAUUCUAGUGGAUCUAUGGUAGAAGCCAGCUCUUACAAUGAACCCUCGGUUUUGAACACAAUUUCUGACCUCAGCAGAUCUCCAAAUCCUUCUGGAAUUCAGAUGGGGCUACAGGGUCCUCAGGCCACUCAAAGUUUUGGUAUGACGCCUUAUGAUUUGCGAACUCACUGGCAAGGAUAUAAUGGAGCAGCAGGAAGUACUCCUUAUGCUCAGCAGCAUUCUGUUUCAUCCGCCAGAAUACCAUAUCCAGUGCAGAAUUUAUUGGAGGCUACUGGUUCCGCGUCGUCUACAACCAUGGCAGCAACAAAAGUAUACGAUAAUGUUUCUCUUGGUCCUUCAUUUGCUGCAUCAAAUUCUAUAUAUUCAAAUUUCAAGCCCGCUCUUACUUCUGUGCAACAUCCUACAUCUCCUUCCAAUUUACUUUCAUCGUUGCCCCCCGAGUCAUCACUGCCUUCCCAUCAAACUGCAGGUUUGAAUUCAAAUAGAUUGACCAUGCCUUCAUUUUCCCUAGCUUCCCAACAUGUGAGUAACACGGAAGCUUCACUCGGUUAUAAUGUAGUUCCUGAACCUGUAACAUUGCUUCCAAUUCAAGGUUUGCUGCCUUCCACGUCUUCUGUUCUAGAUUCAACAUCAGACCCCUUGUUAAAGCAAACACCACCUCUGUUAACUCCAAAUCAAUCGUCACAGCCCAGACUAUCUGAAAUUUCUGAGAUGCCGAAGUUAUACCCAGAUCAGAGAGAUGUCGGCAUUAUGGGUUCAAUUUCUUUGAAUUCCUUAUCCUCUGUCACUACUCCAGCAGUUCAACGUCGUCUGUUACCAUUGCCGCCCUCUGACCAACAGUCACAUCACCUUUCCCAAUUCACUGAAGAAUUUGAUUUUGAAGCCAUGAAUGAGAAGUUUAAAAAAGAUGAGGUUUGGGGUUAUCUUGGAAAAGCGAAGCAGAGAGACAACAUAGAGGGGAUCCAACAUAAUGUGGUAAAUGAACAAAAUCCAGGGGAUGAAUAUCAUUCUGGUUUGGUCCCCAUUGGUGAUCCCAAGCCUGCAUAUAACAAAGAUGAUUUCUUCGAUACAAUAUCUUGUAACCGAUUUAAUCAUGGAGCUAGGAACAGACACAGCCAAUUUUCAGGGCGAAUGAAACAGGACCCUGAGACCUUUGGCAAUUUUCAACAGAAAACUCAUUCAGGUUAUAGUGGCGGCUAUGCUGGUCAAUAUGGUGACUAUCGUGGUCCAUAUGAGUGGGGUAACCCCACUGGACAAGGCCAAGGAAGUUACUCGAGGAGAUGACAUGGAAUAUUCACGAUCCAGAGGUACAUCAGCUGCAGUUUUAACUUCUUAGUAUGAAAUCUUAUUAUCCGAUCUUUUCAAGAAUGAUCUCCGGAGAAGUGUUACUAUAAUUCUGUGCGCGAUGGCAAAGUUAUGUUGGGUUCAGAAUAUUUUUUAGCCCAUGAACUUGUAUGUCAAGAUACUAGUUUUUAACCACUAUAUUCCAUGUUUUACGUCAUGGACAAGGAGUUGUUCUCAAUUUUUUAUUUUACUUUUUUUUUUUUCCUUUUAUGAGAGGUUCUACUUGCUACUUUCUACUAAACUUUCUUUGGCAUUGUGUGCCAUCAUUAGAGGAUAAGACUUUGAGUUUUUAACUUGUUUAGAUGGUAGUACGUCAUUGUUGCAAGUAUUAGGUCCGUGUCACUUCGUUUACUCUAUGUAGCUUUCAAGAAACUAUCCUUAUUGAAAAGACGUGUUUCAUCAAAAGGAUAUACAUAUAUUAUUGCACAUUGGGCAA